AGAGAGAUAGAGAAAUAUAACAUGCUGCAACAUGAGGCUACACAGAAUGUAGGUAUACCUGGAAAGAAUCCACCACAUUGAGGCCACCAGGAAACACUGAAUUAGCUGCAGAAGUCUGAGAAGAUUGCUGAGAUGGACUGGAACCAUACCGACUUCCUUGUCUCCUAUCCUCUCCUUAAAAUCACACCAUCCUCUCCUCCCAUUGCUCUUGUACCACUCUCCUCUCCCAGUCAAUCUCUUAACAUGUCAAUUCACCUUUCUUCGAACACCAGCAAUGGAAAGACGAAUGUUACCAACACAAUCAUGAGCAACAGCAGUGGAGCAGUCACUGGCGCUGUGAUCCUUGGCCUUGUUUUUUUUCUCGGUGUCCCCGGCAACCUCUUCAUUGUCUGGAGCAUUCUGGCUCGAGCCCGCCGCCGUUCCAUCACCACUCUCUUGAUCCUAAACCUAGCCUAUGCAGAUGGAUUCCUCAUGCUGCUGACACCUUUUUUCAUUGUGUAUUUAGUUAAACGCAGCUGGAUUUUUGGCCUGUCGUUGUGCAAAAUUCUCUUCUACCUCUGUUGUGCCAACAUGUACGCUUCAAUAUUUUUGAUAAUGCUAAUGAGUCUGCACAGGCUGGUUGCUAUAGUGUGGCCGAAAAGUGCUGGUGUCCUAACAGACAGAAGGAUGGUCAUGCGGGUGCUGGUGGUAUUGUGGGUUCUUGCUCUGGGACUCUCUAUGCCCCCUUUGGUUUUCAGGACUACCACAGAGAGUUCCAAAGAGCCACAGAGUCUUAUGUGUAACUGUGAACACCCAAAACCACAGCAUGUGGUACUGCAGUACUGUCUGGAAACUGUGUUGGGCUUCUUGUUGCCAUACGGGGUGAUCAUAGGUUGUUACAUGUGUAUCCUGUGCAGAAUUCGCAAGACCCGGUUUCGUAGGCACAUCCGCAGUGAAAAACUCAUCUUGGUUAUUGUCAUCACCUUCGGCCUCUUCUGGCUGCCUUACCACAUCAUAAACAUGGUGCAGGUGGCUGCCUCUGUAUAUCCAGUUAGUUCCCCUGUAAAAGAAAGACUAGAUAAAAUCUGGACAUCAUACCGGGCUCUCACCUCCACUGUAGCCUUCAUCAGCAGCAGCAUAAACCCUGUCCUUUACAUCUUUGCUGGAAAGUCUUACAUCCGGCGUAAUGGCCUGACCUUCAUGGCACGGCUGUUUGAGGGAACAGGGCUUGAGUCCACACGUAAGAUCCGGCGGAGCAAUCAGAACAGUCGAGAUCGAGAGAAAGAGGCAGAUGAAGGAGAAAGUCUCAAAGACAGAGACUCAGAUUCCUCCACAAGCCUUCAUGCUAACAUCGGUAUUAAAGUUGCACCACAGAAAAAUGGGAAGUUCCCAUGACAUGAAUUUUCAGUGGGCUCUUAAUGAGAAAAUACAAUCUACAGUGGCAGUGUUUGUCUUGGUUUUUCUUAGGACUUUGGAUUUUUUGUAAUGUGUUUCAUACAUUCACAAACUUACAAGAAUGUGUGAUGUUUCCCCCUAAAACACACUAAGGGUUGCACCAACUAGUCAACUACAGUAGUCCGUUAGUUCUGUCGCUAUUCGAAUGUUGGGUCUGUGAUGACUAGUCGUACAUCACAUAAUUUCAGUUGCACUUGUUCCAUAUGAUGAAAGUAGGAGGAAAAUUCCUCAGUCCACAAACCUGCAUCCUGUGUAUUUGCAUGCAAAUACAUUUUUAAAUAUAUGCAAACAUAUUUGGAAUUAUGCUUAAGUGUGUAUAUAAACAUAGUGCACUUAGAUUUACAAAGCAUGUAUGAGGGAACCGCGUUGCAAAGUUCUGCAGUCAUAUACAGUGUUCAUUUUAAGCUAAAAUUCUUGCAAAACCAAUCAAGAAUGCUUAUGGCUACGCAAGUAUCCACCACCAUAUUCUACUCUGUUGACGUUCGUGGGAGACGCUGAUGUAAACAAAGAGAUGGUGCGCAAUGGUUAAACCCGUCUGUGUAGCGCAUGGUCAGAAAUUACAAUAUUCUCUCCCCACCCACCUAUCAAAUGAGUGGCAAGGCCCAGUGAAACGGUAAGCCCCUGGGCCCAGGAUUAUCUUAAUGCAGCCCUGAUAAUUACUAAUAAACAACAACUAGCCUAGCAUCCAACUCAACCAAAAUAAAACAGGAGUAAUGCAACCAAACAUUUCUUAUACACAAUACUAACAUAAAAUGCAUAAAGUUUUAAGCAGCACCAGAAAAAAAAAAAAAAAAAAAAAACAUCUUUCUUACUUUCAUUUGUGAAGAAAACUAUUUUUUCUCAGCAAUGACUUCAGAUGGCUUUGGAAUGUCUACACACCUUGGGUGCUUCUCAUUUCUGAAAUUGAGCAUCCUCAUUUCCUUUUAUUGCUUCCUUUGUUUGCUUCCUAGCUCCAACCUCUUAGGAAAUGAGGAAAGGAUGCAAAGAAAGGAAUCAAGGAUGAAGCAAGAUGUUUUUGUAAAAUACAAAUUCCUGCUAAAAAGACCAGCUUAACCAGCAAUCAUUUUAAUAUUUUUAUUUUAAUAUCUGUUUGCACGUGGUGACUAGAAAUUGCCAUGCCACUACCUGUCUAUCACUCAGUAUAACAGUCAACACAUUUUCUGAGGAAUUUGUUUGCAAACACUGAACUAAAGUGUUAAAUUCAAGUGACUUUGGAAGCAGCAUUUCUAUACGUGUUCUUGAGUACCAUUGUGUAGCAUUAAUAUAUAUGGACUAAGCAUCUCUAAAUGAGAUGCAUUUUCCGCUGCACGCACUGGCACUACUCUAGCCAACAAGACAAAUAAACGGUGUUCGCCUUGACACAUCCUGUUUAGACAGCCUCAAGCUGUUACGGUAUGAUGUACACCAUGAUAUUUAUAUGGUAACACCAAUGUAGCCUACAUGUCCAAAAAUCAUGUUAUUGCAAUGUUACUUUUUGGUACUUUAAGUGCUUUCAUGCACACUGUAAAUGUUUUGAUACUCCUUUGUUUGGAAAAAGUUUUACAGCUCCACAGUAGGUCUUGAACAAAAUAAAGACCCUCAUCGCUGGCAAACAAUUGGAUGCAUUUGCAUGCGUUGUACAAGUGAGUGAGAAACUGCUCCAAAUGUUUCAGUGCUUGAGCUGUCCAAGUGAUUCACUUGAUCACCAAGGGAUCAGCACCCAAAACACAACAUAACACACAAAACACAAGCUGGUGAGCAACAAUGCUGAUCUUUUCAGCAGGGAUGUCCUUACUCCCUCAAGCUUCACUUUAGAGUGCCAUCUCUGUGCAGCUCCAUUACCCCAGAGUGCUUCUGUUAUGUUGUUGAAAUUUGAAUUAUUAAUAUAUUCAUAAUAAAUCCUUAUAAUUCAAGAUGCACUGUUGACGUAUGUGACAAUUUUAUUUACAAGUUUAUUUAAACUGCAAAGGUAAAAACAUGCAUUAAAACUGCUGUGCCAGAUGUGAAGGGGGAGGAGAAUUUAUGCAUGCAUCAGGUGUUUUGACAAAGAAAUCUUCCAUAUAGGAUGAUUCUGUGCUUCCUCACUCAAGCGUCCUCAAGAAGCAUCCUUUGUCCUCGGUCCUUGCAGUGCAUUUAGACAAUUUAUACUUUCUUCAUGAUGGAAUACUGUGAAUGGCUCAAGGAUGUAGGAGAGAGGAAAUGAGACUGCACAAUUAAAGAAAUGAGAAGCACUCCCUGACCAUGCUACAAUCUCUACAGGAUCUCUCUCUCUUAUCCUAUACCAAUAUUUAUAUGGUAUCUAGGCACGCUAGCCUCUUAGUGGUGUGGAUGAAAAUUACAGCCACAUCUCAACCUGGUAACAGGAUUGUGACUGUUUCAGAGACGAACUGCUGAACAUUCGACAGCAUGUACCAGACAAUCUUUUCCCAGUUUUCGAAUAUUCAGACGUUUUGUUAGACAUUUUAGUUGGAGGCGCAGCUCUCCUGUUCAAGAGAAAGGGAGACGAGGGAGACGAGCCGGUGCGCUGGUCAAACUCCAUCGGCAUGGAUUUCGAACAAUGCUACCGAGUAUUCACUUAGCGAAUCUCCGCUCUCUUCCUAACAAAACGGACGAACUACAUCUCCUCACCUGCACAAACAAGGACUUUUCAACCUCUGCUGCCUUGUGCUUCACAGAAACCUGGCUGAGUGAAGCCAUUCCGGAUAGCACAUUACAUCUGCUGGGCUUUCAGCUGUUCAGAGCGGAUCGCAUCGCAGAGUUAACGGGGAAAACGAGAAGCGGUGGAACAUGCUUUUAUAUCAAUAAAUCGUUUCUUUAUCGCGUUUAACACAUUUACCGUUAAUACAGCAUAAACACUGGUGUGAAGGGCAAAAACCUUUGUAAUGUGUCCACAUGGACUCAUUACACUGACGCAAAUAUCAAUGCACCAGAGUCCUUCUACCAAGUAGAGCCUACAAGCUAAGCAUAAAUUAGCAUAACGCGGUGGUCCCAUAGAUAUUCUGUGGGCGGAACUGUCUUAACACGCUAGUUAACCAUUACGCUCUCUCCUAUGCUAGAGCCGCAGAGGUUGUUAUUUCAGUAAAUAAAAUAAUCUCUGACAGCGCUUCCCUGUCAGUGAUAAAAUUAAUUAGAAAGGACCUCUUAAUACUAUUUGAUGUACAAAACAAGCACAGAUGGGUCUUGUGAUAGAAAUCAAGUAUUUUUCAGCCUAUGCAAGGCACGUUUUAAAUACCAUAGAAGCACACCAAAUUUGAACCAUCACCAAAGCACUUUUCAUGGUGAGUUCAAAGCGGCGCACGAUGCUGGCGUUGCCGCUUUGACGCGAAUCAUGAACCCAGCUUCACAAUUGUUGUAACAAGGCGGAAAGCCACAGUCUACUGGCAAAUUAAUAUUGUUGAGGAUGACAGUUUAAGGGAUUUAAUGCCCAUAACAAUAAAUAUGCAACCUAUAUGGGGACUAGUUAUUUCAAUUAGUCAAACUCCCACUUUGACUUUGGGAAACGGUUAAAGUUACUUGAAUUGGUGAUAUUUUAGUCUAUAAAAUAUCACAAAUUCAAGUAACUUUAAACUAAAAUUUUGUGCAUUGUUUUGAUAUUGUGGAAGGCUUUGUUUGGAAAAUGUUAAUAACGCAUUAUAUUGCUACAUAUUGUUUGUUUUCUUUCCUAAGAUGGAAAUCAAUGAAUUUUGAAAAGAAAAUAGUUAUAUAUACACUGUAAAAAAUUUAAACUGUAAAAUAUACAGUAAAUUAUUGGCAACUUUAUUUGAGUCAAGAGUAAUGUAAAUCAUUAACUACAAUUGUACUGUGAAAACACAGCAUACUGCUGUAUAUAUACUGUAAAAUUACUCCAUGUUGUUACAGAUGUCACUGUAAAUUUACAGUAGAAAUAAUGUAUGUUUACUAUAAAUAUGUGACUGAGAUUACAAGAGCAACUGUGAGACUAUAUGUACUGUUGUACAUUUUACAGUAAAUAAGAGCAUUUGCUGUGAAAUUCAAUUCACUUCACUAAAAUAACCACAGGUCAGAUUUUUUUUGUGGUGUAAUAUAGUCAGUGGCAAAUUCUCAGGGCCAGCAAAGCCUUCUCUGCUGGCCUAACAUGCCAAAUAAAUACAUAUUUUUCAU